AUGCACUUCCUUACCACCACCAUCCUUUCUGCCUUGGUCCUGGUUCUUUCCGCCACCGCAGCCUCCGCUGCUGGCACCGGUCGCCUCUUCCCCCGCGUCGCCCCAACACCCUGCGACCAAUGCUACGAAGACUCCAUGAUCCUCGUCCAACCCGCCUGCGCCAACCUCUCCAACAUCGGAACCAUCAAUGAGUUCGCCGAUAGCAAGUUGACCCCUCAGCACCGUAAGUGCUACUGCAGUCUGCCCGCCGGUAACGCCUGGUACCUGACAUGCCAGACGACCAACAAGUGCAAUGCGGAGAUGAUGGGCUAUGCGGCACGGUUUACUGAGAUCUUGAGAACUAGGACUGUUUGUCCUGCUGAGGCUGGUUCUGGCUCUGGUUCUGGCUCUGGUUCUGGUUCUGGCUCUGGUUCUGGAUCGGGUGGUGCUACUGUGAAUGUUCCUGCAAGUAGCGCUAUGUCUAGAAAUAUCGCCGCGUCGAGUGGUGGUGCUGUCACCGCUGCUGCUGUUGUCUUUGCCGCUCUUUUGUAG